AUGGUAGCUCAAUAUCUCUUUACCACCGACAACUAUAGUAAUCAAUUUGUGUAUCGUGUUGAAGAUCUAAUAUCAAGUAUUGCAUUACAUGGAUACCUCGAACCUUUACAAUCUAUUCUCUCCAAACAAAAUGACCCAAACUUGGUUGUAAAAGUGAAUGGAUUCCACCAUUUCUUUAUGUUUUCAUUCCUCUAUCACUAUUAUUACGUUGAUCAACAACUACCAAUUGAAAAGGAAGUAAAGACACUGUUUCAAAGGUCAUCUAGAUAUUUGUCAAACAUUGAUUUAUUGUAUAGGAUGGGAUUACGACCAGAUAAAAGGGCACUCAUAUCGUCAUAUACCAAGGGUCGUUUCUCAGUUGCCUAUUAUCAAACUGAAAAGUGGGACAGUGAUGGCGAUUCCGAAACAUUUUUUGUUGACAGUUAUAUCGAUUGUCCAACCAUGAUGGCCUAUUUACACAAAAAGAAAGGAAUAGAUUUUUCAAGAUUUUUGGUAUUUGCAGCCAUGAAUGGUCAAUUAACAAUACUUAAAUACUACUAUGAACAACCACUUUUAUCUGCAUACUAUAUAUACUCUUGUAGUGAUGAUGAUCAGAGAAAGGAUGGAGGAAUAGUAGUGAUUGAUAACAAAUAUAGAGAUAAUCAUCCAAUCGUUUUAGAAGAUGUACUAUUUGGAAAAGAUAUAAGUGUAGGAGUUAAUUCAAAAUUUGAAUGUAAAGAACAAUCGAUAGAUUUACAAUGGUCAUUAGAUACACAUUCAUCGAUAUCAUCUACACCAUUGAUAGCAGAUCUAUUUGGUGAUGGUAAAAAGUAUAUUGUAUUGGUCAAUUCUAAUAGCUAUGUUGAAGUACUGAGUGGAAGGACAGGAGAGAUGGCAAUAGGAUGGCCGUUCAUAUCACCAGACUCUACCUUUGCCUCAAGUCCUCUUCUUUUCGAUAUAGACGGUGACGGCAAGAAUGAAGUGGUAGUAUCGACACGUGAAGGAGAGAUAUUGUUUAUUGGUCGUGACGGAUUCCCUCUUCUCAACAAUACACUCAAAAUACCUCCUCUUAAAGUACUCAAAGAUUGGUAUGAAGGUAUUAGUGGUAAACAUGUAGAUUCUGCAUUCUCUCUUCAUGAUUUAGAUAAUAUUAAAAACUCAAACAAAAAAGAAGAUGAUGAUAUAUUUGAUGAAUCAAAAUAUAAAUUAAAUAUAAAUUUAUUACAAGAUAAAGAAGAUUUAUUAUAUUCAAAACAAUAUGAUGAUUAUAUUAGAAUGAAUAAGAGGUAUUCAAACAAAUCAAUGGAUCAUGUAUGGGUGGACGGACAUAUUCUUUCGACUCCAGUCAUUACCGAUAUCGAUUUGGAUGGUCACUAUGAAUUGAUUGUCUCUGUCUCUUAUUAUUUCGAUCACGAGUAUUAUUCAGAUCCAAUUCAUCGUUCAAAAAUAGAUCGUGAUGUUCAACUAGAUAAAUAUGUUGCAGGUGGAAUUGUUUGUUUUGAUUUGGAUAAAUUACAAAUUAAAUGGCAAACUCAUUUUGAUUUAACAGUUGAUUUUAAAGCAUUUAGUGGAUAUGUUUAUAAUACACCAACAGUGAUUGAUGUAAAUGGUGAUUCAAUGUUGGAAACUGUUAUUGGUACAUCGAUUGGGUAUGUUUAUGUUUUGGAUGUUCGUGGUAAACCAAUUACAAGUUUAACGUUGCCAUUGGAUUCAAUCUAUUCUCAAGUGGUGGUUGAAGAUUUAAACAAGGAUGGAAAUGUAGAAAUUAUAGUUGCAGAUUCAAAUGGUAAUUUAGUUUGUUUCUCAAAUACUGGUGAUGAAUUGUGGGAAAAUAGAUUUGCUGGUAUGACUGAAAGUCAUGUAUCAAUAGGAGAUAUAAAUGGUGAUGGAAUAUUAGAUGUAGUACUUGGAUCAAUGAGCGGUGCAAUUUAUGCAUGGAGUGGAGAUAGUGGAAAGGAAUUGGUAGACUUUCCCAUUAAAACAAAAUCAUUGGUUCUUUCACCAUUGUUGUUGGUGGAUCUAUCAUUGGACAUUGAUUUGAAUGGUAGAAAUGGUUUAUCAAUUAUAACUCAUACAAGUGACGGUGUUUUAUUUUCAAUUGAUGGUAAACAAUCUUGUGCAAACAAAUUAGAUAUUGGUGAUAGUUCAGUAAGCAUGGUUUUGGCAGAUGAUUUAUUAGGAGAUGGUAAAAUUAAUUUAUUGGUUACGACAUAUUAUGGAAAUAUAUAUAUAUUUACAACCAAUUCACCGUACCAUCCAUUAAAAGCACAGCAAUCAUUUAACAAGGGAUUGAAUGUUUUUACAUCUGGGUCUCAAGGUGUUGUUAUUGUAAAGCAACCUGGACAACCAGAAACGAUGGACAUUCUCGGCAGCGAAUUUUCUAUUGACGUUAUGAUUGUCGACACACAAUUCAACGAGUCAAUUGGAAAUUCGUACAAGUUGUCUGUCUAUUUUGCAAAUCGACUCAUUAGUGUAUCGAAUUACCAUACACCUGGACUCAAGCAAUUGACAAUGCCAACACCCGGUCGUGCCUAUCCCAAUCUACUACGAGUCGAGCUCACAAACAAGUUUGGACAAGGCUACCAAGACACUGUAUCCUACUCUUUUAAUUUAUAUUUUGCUAGAACUAUUAAAUGGGUCAUUAUCAUCCCAUUUGUUUUAUCCUCAAUUUUAAUUUAUUUAAAUACUAAAAAUAAUAAUAUUCAAAGUACAGAUAAUAAUAAUAAUAAUAGUAGGAUUUAUUAA